CCCAGCGCUUGCCCACCUUCUUCCUUCUUCCCUCUUUAGUGUCAGAAAUACACCCAAGGAAAACGGCUACCAGCAUAUUCCUAAGUAGGUUCAAAAAUUAAAUUGUGACUUCAAGUUUCAAAUUAGGUGUGGAAUUGCAAAGUUCUGGAGAAGAUGUUGGUGCUAAACUGUUCUACCAAAUUACUGAUGCUAGAGAAAAUAUUGAAGAAUCACUUUCCUGAAUCACUCAAGGUUUAUGGAGCAGUGAUGAACAUAAAUCGUGGGAAUCCCUUUCAAAAGGAAGUGGUACUAGAUUCAUGGCCAGACUUCAAAGCUGUUAUCACCCGAAGGCAGAGAGAGGCUGAGACAGAUAACCUUGACCAUUAUACUAAUGCCUAUGCUGUGUUCUACAAGGAUGUCAGGGCUUACCAACAGCUAUUGGAAGAACAUGAUGUCAUUAACUGGAACCAAGUUUUUCAAAUACAAGGGCUACAGAGUGAGUUAUAUGAUGCUUCCAAAGCUGUUGCCAAUUCAAAGCAAUUGGAUAUAAAGCUGACUUCCUUCAAGGCUGUUCAUUUUUCUCCUGUUUCAUCUCUGCCAGAUACCAGUUUCCUAACGGGGUCUUCCCCGAGACUCACCUAUCUGAGUGUUGCGGAUGCUGAUCUCCUCAACCGCACUUGGUCAAGGGGUGGCAAUGAGCAGUGUCUCCGGUACAUUGCCAAACUCAUCUCCUGCUUCCCCAGUGUGUGUGUCCGUGAUGACAAGGGAAACCCGGUAUCCUGGUCUAUCACAGACCAGUUUGCCACCAUGUGCCACGGCUACACCCUGCCAGAUCAUCGCAGGAAAGGUUAUAGCCGGCUGGUGGCCCUCACACUGGCCAGGAAGCUGCAAAGCCGGGGAUUCCCCUCUCAGGGAAAUGUUCUGGAUGACAACAUGCCAUCUAUAAAUCUUCUCAAGAGUGUCCAUGCUGAGUUCUUGCCUUGUCGUUUUCACAGGCUUAUUCUUACCCCCAAACCUUUCUCUGACCAAGCUCACCUUUAGCCCAGUAACACUCCAGAAAUUUUCUUGCUUUCCCAAACACACUCUCUAAGCUGCCAGUAGAGGAGAACUAAACCUGGUGAUAAGAGGCCGGAGAAGAUGUGCAGGAUCAUCUGAGAAGUCUUGGCUAAUCUUGCCUCAGGUUUCUGCUGUAUAUAACUGUAGUUGUCAGGAGUAUAGCUGUGGCUAAGAGCAGAGGAAGUUUUUUCUUCUGUAGGAUUCACUAUAGGGAAGAAGUUUCUAAAGUCAGCAGGUCUUAGCAUAUAGGCAAAAAUGAUUUCAUGAGAAAAAAUAAUGAUUUAACACAGGAGCAUGUGGCUAGUUGUUUGGGCUUCUGCUCUGUGUUUUCACAACCAUACCAAGUUCCCUGCAAUCAUGAAACUUCCUAGACCUCAUUGCUAUGUCUCACUAACUAACCUCUAUUCUACCACCUCUGCUCUGAGUUUUCUGUUAAGUGUCCUGCAUUUUCCCCUUUAAUUGUUGGCUUCCUGUUUAUGCCUAUGAUAUUAGUGAAUAGUUCUCCUCUGGGAAUGUUCAAAGGCAGU